AUGGAUGCGCUCAAGGGGCAGGUCCUGACCACCAAGGAGACCACUCUGAUCACGGUCUCCAAGGAGGACAAGAAUAGGGGUAAUGCACCCAGCUGCUACUUAUCCAGGGCCUGCAGCAAUGUAGAGCUGAACCAGCUGGAGACGGAGGCCUUCGAGACAAAUGGGAUGAUCCAGGCGAUGCUCCCAGAUUCCCAGAAGAUCCUAAAAAACGAGCUGGAGAUCAUCAAAAGCCAACUCCAUGCCCAGGCCAAGGCCUUCGAAGCCCUGAGCCACUCGGUCUCCCUGCUGGAGCAGGAGAGCAGCCUGCAGCAGCGAAAGAUACAGCAGCUGGAAGAGGAGUUGAGCCGAGCCUGCGGCCCAGCCCAGGGGGAGAUGUUCGAGCGGCUGGUGGACGGGAAGAUCUUGGAGGUCUGGGCUGCCAUGGCCAAGGAGGUGGAAGGGCUGCAGGAGUCCCUGCUGGAGCGUCCCGACCACCGCAUGAUCCAGCGGGGGGACUCGCUGGAGAACCUGUCCUUGGACAUCCUGGAGAGCAAGAAAUUCCUCUGGGAGGAGCUGGAGGCAGUGCAAGAGGAUCAGGAGGACGAUAUAACCAAGAACCUCGUCAGCAUAAAGAAAAUGCACGAGAAUCAAGUGAAAUGCAGGAAGAUCCUGUCGCAGCUGAAGGGCAAAGGGCCGGGCGCAGAGGGGGCCCCGGAGUCCGUGGGCAGAGGCAGAGAUGCCAGGCCGGUCAAAAAGGAGCUGAAUGAUAUAUGCCACUAG